UGUAUGUACAAAUGAAUUUCCUCCCUUUCUCUAGCCCUUCAGAUAUAACUCAAAAUAUUGGUGAAAUUUCUUCACAACAACCAACAAAUCACAAUGCACACAAUUUUCAAAGAAACAAUAUUAAUCAAGGAAAUGUCAUAUUUGCCCCUCAAGCCAUAAGGGGAGCCUUCUAUCUUAGGAGUCUUCUCAAUUAUCAUGAACAAAACACUUUUAAUUUUGGUGUUAAUCAACUUAAUGGUCUUCAUGAAUGGGUGCCUCAGAUCAAUAUGAAUCAACAAGAAUAUAAUCAUAGUACUCGAAUCGUUAAUUUACCUUAUGCUUCAUUGGAUAGAAGUUCCAUAUCGGAGAACCAAUAUAGUUCUAGUUCAACAACUAAUGCAAUUCAAGUUGGUGAAAAUGAUGAGCAACAACGUUCCCAUAUUAUAUCAACUCGUGAUUCUGAAUUAAUGAGACCAAUGAUGCAGAUUGAGUUGCAAAGGAGACAUAUUCGAACUAAAAAAUGGCUUACAGAGGACGAAAUAAUAAAGUGUAUAAGUUGUGGAAACUUUGAAGCCACGGUCGAAGGAACAUCGAAAAAUAAAGAAUUGUGUUGCAUUUGUCAGGAGGAAUAUCUAACAGGUGAAGAAAUUGGAAAGUUAGAUUGUGCACAUAUUUUUCACAUGAAUUGCAUCAAGCAAUGA